GCCUGCGUCUCUUCUCCCUGUCUCUCUGUCUCUCCCCCUCCCCCCGUCUCUGCCUCCCUACUCCACCCUCUCUCAGCCUCCCAUCCUGCCACCUGUUUCUACCACCUCCCUGUCCCCAUCACCUCCGCUCUGUCCUCUAGGGCCCUGGGGGCGCUCAGGAGCUCUGUGGCUGCCCACCCCGGCUGCCAGGCUCCUGCCCGCUGCCCUCCGGUGCCGGGAGAGACUGUCUCCCAGCCUCUGGCUGAGCGCACACUCUUUCCGAGCCCCGAGUCCCCAGGCGCCUGCACGGCCCUGAAGGCUGAGUCGCUGGCGGGAUGCCUGGCCUGUUGAACCGCCUAACAGGGGCGGCCCUGCCCCUCACCGCGUCUGAUGUCACCUCCUUCGUCAGUGGUUACGCCUUGGGCCUGACCGCUUCCCUCACCUAUGGCAACCUGGAAGCUCAGCCCUUCCAGGGCCUCUUCGUGUACCCUCUGGACGAGAACACCACCGUGAUCGGCUUCGAGGCGCUCAUCGCCGACCGCAUCAUAACCGUACAGAUCAAAGACAAAGCCAAGCUGGAGGGCACUCACUUGGAUACCUCCCGCAUCAGAUCCUCAACUGUCACAGGGAACAUUCUGCAAGAGGGGGUUUCCAUCACCCCUCAUUCCUGCACACCGGGAAAGGUGGCCUUGGAUGAGGAUUUGGAGCGGAUCCUGUUCGUGGUCAACCUGGGGACCAUCUCCCCCAUGGAGAACGUCACCGUCUUCAUCAGCACCUCCUCGGAGCUUCCGACACUGCCCAGCGGGGCUGUGAGGGUCCUUCUGCCAGCCGUCUGUACCCCGACCGUGCCUCAGUUUUGUUCCAAGAGCACCAGCCCCUCCAACCAGCAGAGCCAGGGCAAAGACCGGCCUUGCUUUGGCACCCGGACCCUGGACCCCUGGAACAGGUUGUGCCUGGCCACUCUCCUGGACACCGAGGCCUCCAACCCCAUGGAAUACAACUUCAACUUCCAGCUGGAGAUCCGGGGGCCGUGUCUGCUCGCAGGGGUGGAGAGUCCCACGCACGAGAUCCGCGCCGAUGCCGCCCCCUCUGCCCGCUCAGCCAAGAGCGUCAUCAUCACCCUGGCCAACAAGCACACCUUCGACCGGCCCGUGGAGAUCCUCAUCCACCCCAGCGAGCCCCACAUGCCACACGUCCUGAUGGAGAAAGGGGACAUGACCCUGGGAGAGUUUGACCAGCACUUGAAGGGAAGGACAGAUUUCAUCAAAGGGACAAAGAAGGACAGCAGCGCAGAGCGGAAGACAGAAAUCAUCCGGAAACGCCUCCACAAAGACAUCCCCCACCACUCGGUCAUCAUGCUCAACUUCUGUCCUGACCUCCAGUCUGUGCAGACAAACCUGAGAAAGACCCACGGGGAGUUCAUCUUCCUCAUUGACCGGAGUGGCAGCAUGAGCAGGACCAACAUCUACCGCGUCAAGGAGGCCAUGCUUGUGGCCCUUAAGAGCCUCAUGCCAACCUGCCUCUUCAAUAUCAUUGGAUUUGGAUCCACAUUUAAGACCCUCUUCCCUUCUAGCCAGACCUACAAUGAGGAGAGUUUGGCCUUGGCCUGUGAUAACAUCCAGAGGAUGCGGGCCGACAUGGGCGGCACCAACAUCCUUUCUCCUCUCAAGUGGAUCCUGCGGCAGCCAGUGCACCAAGGCCACCCGCGACUCCUCUUCCUGAUCACGGACGGCGCCGUCAGCAACACCGGGAAGGUGCUGGAGCUGGUGCGAAACCACGCCUUCUCCACCAGGUGCUAUAGCUUUGGAAUCGGACCCAAUGUCUGCCACCGUCUGGUGAAAGGCCUGGCCUCUGUGUCCAAGGGCAGUUCUGAGUUCCUGAUAGAGGGGGAGCGGCUGCAACCCAAGAUGGUCAAAUCCUUGAAGAAGGCCAUGGCCCCAGUCCUGAGCGAUGUGACUGUGGAAUGGGUCUUCCCUGAGACCACAGAGGUCCUGAUCUCACCUGUCAGCACCAGUGCCCUCUUCCCUGGAGAGCGGUUGGUGGGGUAUGGCAUUGUGUGUGAUGCCUCCUUGUACAUCUCCAAUCCCAGAUCCGAUAAGAAGCGAAGGUAUAGCAUGCUACACUCCCAGGAAUCCAGCAGCUCUGUCUUCUACCACUCUCAGGAGGAGGGACUUGGCCCAGACAGUGGAGAUGGUGCCAAGAGUUUAGGGAAAACCAAAGAGACCAGGCCAUUCAGUGGAGACUCUGUCACCAGUCUCGGUGCGGACUCCUCCCAGAGACGGAGGGCAUACAGCACCAACCAGAUCACCAACCACAAGUCCUGCCCAAGGACCACCACAGCCAGUGACCCCACUGUGUCGGCCAGGAGGCAUCCACUGCGGAAAGCCAAGCUGCAGGACCUCACCAAUCAGACCAGCCCUGAUGCCCAGAAGUGGCAGAUUGAUUUGCAGCCCUUCCCUAAUGGCCAGGAUCUAAACAGGGGCCCCAAACUUCGUGGACCAGGGGCCCGCAGGCCCUCUCUGCUGCCCCAAGGCUGCCAGCCCUUCCUGCUCUUCGGCCAGGAGCCCCAGGCCUGGGGGCUCAUGAGGGAAUUGGAUUCUGGGUCCAGCCUGAAGCCUGUUCGGGACAGUCGCAGCCCAGGGGACUUGGAACCAUCCCAUCACCCCUCCGCCUUCGAGACAGAGACAUCCUCGGACUGGGAGCACAUGGCCGAGACUGAGGAGCGGGGCAGCUCCAGCAGGCCCACCACCCCAGGCCUGGUGCUGGGCAAGGCUCUGGUCAAAGGCCUGCGCGAGAGCCAACGUUUGCAGUGGGAAGUGAUCUUCGAGCUCGGGCCCCCGGACCCGGAGCGGGGCAGCGCGCGCGACGACGACCUGUGGAGCGAGACCUUCCACCACCUGGCGGCCCGCGCCAUCAUCCGCGACUUCGAGCAGCUGGCAGAGCGCGAGCGCGAGAUCGAGCAGGGGUCCCAUCGCCGCUACCAGGUGAACGCUGUGCACACCAGCAGGGCCUGCAAUGUCAUCAGCAAAUACACAGCCUUUGUGCCCGUGGACCUGAGCAAGAGCCGGUACCUGCCUCUGGGAGUGGAGUAUCCCAACUCCGGUGCCCCCUUGCGGAUGAUCAGCUCUCGGAGCCUUUCCCGAUCAUGGAGAGGCACUUCUACUGGCUUGGGACUGUCCCAGGUCACGCUCAGAGAAGACUCAGCCGCCGGAGAUGGCAAAUUUCAGACCCUAACCAUGGAGGAAAACCCCCCUGUGCCCCUCGGCGAGAUCCUGUGUCCCAGUCGGGACAAGAGCGCUGCUUCUGAAGGUCCCCUGCACAGCCUGCCCACCAAUGCUCUUUCCUCCUUGAAGGCCUCAGAAACUCUCUUUGGGUCCAGGCUGACUCUCAACAAGUCCAGGCUGCUGACCCGAGCAGCCAAGGGCUUCCUGAGCAAGCCGCUGGUCAAGGCGCCAGAGUCAACCCUGGGGAGCCAGAGUUUCGACUACUUGCCACUGGUGUCUCUGCAGCUGGCCUCCGGAGCCUUUCUGCUCAACCAAGCUUUCUGCGAGGCCAUCAACAUCCCCAUGGAGAAGAUCAAGUGGACCUCGCCUUUCAACUGCCACCGAAUGUCCCUCACUGCCCGCCAGCCCGAAUCUACGGCUCUGAGUCCCCAGCUGUGCACCAGCCCCUCACCUCGACACGCGUCCUGCGACAGUGUCUCCCUGGAACCUCUGGCGGACAGCAGGCUGGGCCUGGAGUCCAAGGUGCUGAUGGAGCACUCGGGGAAGCUGUGGGCCACCGUGGUGGGGCUGGCCUGGCUGGAGCACAGCUCCGCCUCCUACUUCAUAGAGUGGGAGCUGGUGGCUGCCAAGGCCAAUUCGUGGCUGGAGGAACAGGAAGUGCCUGAGGGCCGCACGCGGGGCACGCUCAGGGCCGCGGCCCGCCAGCUCUUCGUGCUCCUGAGGCACUGGGACGAGAACCUGGAGUUCAAUAUGCUUUGCUAUAACCCAAAUUAUGUGUAGCGGGGGGUGCAGGGGGGAAGGGCCAUUGGCACCCAGUGGGGAAUUUUUGAAGCUGUAGCCAAUAUACUGCUUGCUAGAAAGAGCCCUGGACUGGCAGUCAGGAGGCCUGAGUUCAAUCCCCAACUUUGCUACCACCUACCUUUGUCAGUACGGGCCAGCCCCUGCCCCCUGUCUGGGCCUCAGUUUCCUCAUCUAUAAAGUAAGAGGGUGAGAUGAGGCAUCUGGAUUAGAUCUUUAAAAAUGGUUCAACGCUACUUUCUGUCCAGAUACUCAGGCAGUCCUGGGGCGCGCAAGAGAGUACAAUUAAUCAGAGUCUUCUCUGGAGGAAGGCCAUGUGGGCCCAAAGCAGAAACAGCAGCACCCCCUUUUAUUUGAGGGGAAUGAGAGAAACUCGCGACAACACAUAACCAGACCAACAAGUCUGCAUCCAGGCAUGGAGGGGCCUCCUCCACCAGUUGCAUUGUGGGAGAGGCUCUUGUCUCCAUGGUGACAGUCUAGGACCCCACUUCCCAGCCAGUUGGAGGAACAUCUCUCCCAAGACUGCAAAAGUGUUGCUCGAGGGCCUUUUCUUUGGGUGAAGCUCCCUUUGUACAUUGCAGUACUGGCUUGCGGAUCAUUUGUGACUCCCUGCCUAAGAAGUGUUGGGCAGCACCCAGGCAGACUAUCUGUGUAGAGGUCAGUGAAGAAGUUAAGGUGACACUGGAAAUAAUUUACACACUUUAGGGAGUUGGAGAAAGUGAACUCCAUCCACUGUACUGAGGAGCUAGAGAGGCAUCUCCAGGCACAUUGCAUUCUGGGAUAGUGGGUCCCUCUCUAACCACACCACACUGUGAGGGAAGGGGGCCUUCUUUGCAAACUGUGCUUGGUUGUAGUGCAUUUAUUUGGGCAUGGCAGUUUGGGCUAGGAGACAUGAUUUGGGGGGGAAAUGAUAGGAACUUGAAGGCUCCCCAACCCCAGGCCCACCAUGUGCUAUUCAUGGAUUGGUGCUCCCCAGCCUCAGAUUCCCUCAUGACUGUGUCAAUCACAGCUACUCCCACAGAUUCCCCAGAAUGUGGGUCUCAACCUCACCAAGGAGCCCCAUGAACUUGGGACCCCAGGCUGAAUUCAUACAUCCCAUAACCCUCCUUUUUCCAAGUUUUAGUCUCUCAUCAAAUUCCUCACCCAGGAUGGUUCCCAGGGGCCUGGGCUGACACCCCACCCUCUGCAGAGAGACCUUAAUCAAACUGACCCAUGGAAGGCUCUGGCACAAGUCCCAGCCUCAGGAAGACCAGGGGGCGGCCUGUGGUAGAGGUUGGUGGGGGGAUCUCCAGCAGAUGCCACUGGCGUGAAGCGGGAAUAGGCAGGCCCACAGGAUGUGCUGUCCUACCCACAGCCAGGCCCCGCCAGCCCUGCCCUGCAGGCUGCAACGUCCCCAGGAGGGACCCUGUCCGCCUUCGGGAAACUUAGAAGUCCCUCCACUGCUCCACUGGCUGGCUCUGCUUCAGCCUCACCCUCUUGGGAGGAAGCCAGUCAGACAGUCCCUGAAACUCGAUCUCUGUGACUCCAGGUGGGGCAGGGUGCCAGUCUGGGGUGUGGGCUCAGCAUGGGUGCCACCAAGGAGGAUAAAGGCUCUAGGUUGUCUUGCUGAAGGCCGAGGAGGGGUGAGGAGAGCCGGGUCACCUCCCCGCACGCCCUCUUUCCUGCCUCCUUAGCUGCCCUAGCUUCAGGGCAAGGCUAGAGGGGGUGGCAUCCACUUCCUGUCCCCCCACAAGGGGGACACCUUGACUCGGGUCUCAGCUUUGAUUCUGGUUUGGGCUGUGGUUCCCCUUCUCUGGGUGUUGUGGAGCUGUGGGGUUGGGGGGUCUUCCUCCUGCUCUUGAUAGUCCAGAUUUUCUGACUCCAAGAUGCUUCAAGCUUAGUGAACAGGGAUUUGCUGUACUUCACGUGGCCUUUAACUAGUGCAGUGUGAACCCUGGGCCUCUUUCCUCCUCUAACAUAGCCAGGUUGAACUGGCUGUCCAUCUACCCUAUCCCACCCCUGCCAUGAGCCUAAGUCUGGGUCUCCAGGCCUUGGUGCAGACAAUGACCAGGGCUUGGACAGGCCAGUCACUGUCCAGUACAGAACUACUAGGAGAUGCCUGGAAAGAAUAACCCAGAAAUUCAGCAAGGCGAUGGGCACACCACCCUCUUCCCCAAUGAGCCCCUUAGACCCUGCCCUGCAGUGACAGCCAGAGCGCUUCCACAACACAAGCAAACUGCUGAUCUCUGCCACCCCUGGCUCCCCUGCCCAGCGCCACGUGUGCAGAGGAACAAAGCCCCUUGGUUUCAAGUAACCUAAGCACUGCCGGGGACAUGUGGACAAGAGUGUUUAAAAGGUCCGCAGUGGUAUAGGAGUUGCGCCAGCAUCGUCAAGCAGAGGACCAAGGACCAACUUUAAGAAAAGACAAGAACGUCAGGGAACGGAGCCUGCGGAGGAGCUCAGGAGAUUGCGAGGGUCCUCUAGCAGGAGAACAUUGCCCUGCGAUCUGGAUUAAUCUGUCCGGCUCGUUAAACCAGCCGCUGCUUCCUCGGUCACGCCAAGGGAUGAAAUACCUGACGUCUGCGUCCAGCCUCCAUGCUGCCUUCAGGGGACACGCUGAACCAAGAACUGGGGCGCGUAAGGGUUGGUCCCAACCAUCAGAGUGCUGUGUGGCUUUGGGGAGGCCCUGUCUCACCUGUAAUGACCCCAUGGUGAAGGGCUGGGUCAGAUGUGAAUAAGCCACCCAUGGGAGACCGUUCUGUGGGUGAAUGCGUUGGGGAAACACUUCUUCAGGUUAGAAUGUUAAGUUCAUGUGUGCCAUUUGCAAUGAGGCGAGCCAGCAUGCAGCGCUUCCCAGGGAAUUCGGCGGGUCUUGACCCCCCGAGGGUUUUUUGGGCACUGACAUUCAAAACAUCGUUGUGGAGUGCUUGCUGUAUGCCAGGCAUAUGGGGGUACUGGGCGCAUCCCAGGUGCUGGCCCUGUCCCUUUAGAGCUUAGCAAGGAGCAUUUGAAGAGUCUCUUCCAGGGACCAUUGUCCCAGUCCCAGAGUUCCAGGUGGCUUUGUCUAGAUGGAUCAUGCUCCAACCCGUGACCCUGCAGAGUGUGAGAACAGCCCUAGGCCUCCACUGUCCAAGCACCUGGCACUAACAGCCAGUCCACCGAGCUCGCAGACACACCCUGAUGGCCGUAGUGUUGGGCGGCCAAGUGCAAGUCCUGCUGUGGGCCCUCCAGUUCAGGCCAAGCAGGUCCCCAGUGCAGAAUCCUGGUCCCGAGGCCCCUCAGCUGAGGAGACCAACUCCAGGUCCAGGAACUCGGGCCCCGUGCCUAGGAAGGCUGAUGCCACACCUGUACAUAAGCCGCCUAGGUUUCCAGCCCUUGCCUGUUUCCCAGCCAAUCCCCAGGUGACAGCAAAAUGGACAGCACCACUGUCCCCCCAACCCGUGCUGAUAGGAACUCUGGCUGAUGAAUGGAGGAAGUGGAGCCAAGACAAGCUCCUGGUGGGUUUCCACCUGCUCUUCAGACAUCUGCAGAAGCUGGGUUCCUCCUAGUUGUUUCACCUAUCAGUAAAGGAUUCUGGAAGUUUCCUCUAAACCUUGCUUGCACCCUGUUGAUCCCUACCCUUACCUGGGAGCCAAGCUUCCUCCUCUGUUUUCUUCUCUCUUCUUUGUCAGGGACUCCCAAGAAAAAGGAGUGAGGAAAGGGGCCUUCCCUGUCUGGGUGCAGCCUCCCUCCCCCGCCUGGCUGGAACCUGCAUGACACCCCAGCAUUGGCCAUUUGGGGCUCCCAGUGCUGCCUCUCACUACUUGCACAUUGUGACAUCUCCAGGUGACCCCACACACAAAUAUGGUCCAUAUCCUUAGUACCCUGGAAGGGAAAGGGAAGGGAUUGCCAUGUGGUCAUUGCUGUGACUCUGGGAAGAGACCUUUCCCCCCAAGCGGGGACUAGAGAAGUCAGCAACAAAAAAGUGGGUGCAUCCCUCAGCUGUGACAGCACCCUCCACAUCGCCAGAAUAAAAAUAGCCAGGGCAGGGGUGUGUGGCAUUUUGCAGCUGGAUAAUCUGAGCUGCCAAGAUCUGUCCCCAAGUCUGGGGCUCGGCAGCAGCACCCAGCCAGGUUUCCAACCUCCUGCUAUGGAGCACCUCGACCCAUGUGCCCAGCCUGCCCCAACCCAUUGCCUGUCGCCUCUCAACAGCUCCACCUUUCCAGAUACCUGCUGGUGGGAUUUCCCGCUCCUGCUGCAGGUCUUCUUGACUCAGGGCCAGCUGUCCUGAGCUUACAGCUGCUUCCAAGGCAAAGUGCCUCGCCUCAAUGUGCUGACUGCGGCAACACAUCUUAUAGUUUCACUAUUUGCCCAGGUGGCUUUGGCUCAAGCGGCAUGGCCGGUGCUUGGCCCUGUUGGAGCCUCAAGUGCCUAUAACAUGCUGCCUAUCCCUUCGCCUGCUCACCUGCAAUGACCCCACAGUGCCUGUGACACCUCUUCCUUUUGAGAUCUGCAUCACCUUCUUGCCCAGUAGCCAAUUACAUUGUAGUUGUUGCGAAGGUCCUGGACAAGGGUCCACCAUACUUAGAAAAUCCUGUCCCACGGUUAUGUGUGUAUGUUCUUGUACCUGGUGUUACUGUUCUC